CUGGCGACGACGUCGUUGACGCGUGUGGCACGCGGCCGCCCGUCAGGUCUCAUCGCCUUGUGCAUGCACGGUGCAGCGCCCGGGCGGCCUGCGCUGGCGCUGCACUUUUACUCGACGUCCUCCCCCAACGAGACGAAGAAGGCGGACGAGCAGCUCUCGCCGUUCCAGAAGCUCAAGCUAUGGCUCGCUCCGUUCACGAACGGCGCCAAGGAGCUCGUGCACGAAAACAAGGAGGCGUGGGCCAGCCGCCGCAAGCUGUACGAGAAACCCGACACGGUGCUCUCUCGGCGUGAGAUGUUUGUGCUGCGCCAAGCCCCGCGCGACUUGCUCAAGUCGAUCCCGCUCCUCUUUGCGUUUGGCAUUCCGCUCCUCGGCAACUUGGCGCCUCUGAUCGGUUACAAGUUUCCAAAGCUCACGCUGCCGUGGCAAUUCUGGACGCCCGAGCAAAAAGCGCAGUUCUUCACCGAAGACGUCACGACCAAGGCGGCGUACUACGGUGAUGUCGCCAAGCUUGUUGCGACUUGGGACCCGUUCCUCGAGUCUGUCCUCGCGUCCUACCACGAAAAGAAGCUGACCAAGCUGGACCCGAAGGUUCUUGUCGAGUACCAAAAGCUCUUUGAAGGCCCUGGUGUUCUUGAGCAGCUGCCAACGGCGCAUCUCAAGCUCCUCGUGCUCGCCACGUCUGCGUCGCCGUUGGUGCGUCUCUACACAUUCUUGCCGCGGGCCAAGCUCGUCGACCGUCUCCGGACGCGGGCGCUGGAGAUCGGUAUCGACGAUCGACUCUUGCUUCAGGAAGGCCUCGACAAGCUCUCGCACAAUGAACUCGUCUUUGCGUGCGAAGAACGUGGGCUCGUCGCUGAUUUCAAGAACACGGACGCGUGCCGCAGUGCGCUCCAAGAGUGGCUCAGCAUGUACGACGCCAGUGCCAGCACUUUGUACCCAGCGUCCUUGCUCUUGCACGCACCCAUCGUCGGCGACUUCGUCAAGCGCGACUAAGGUCCAUCGAUGUAUCCCGAAUGUAGUCCAUUUCUCGGUCGUCUUGAUGGUCUUAUGCCCAUGCCGUGCCCACACCAUUGUGUGUACCUGCCAUGUCAUCGGACACAGCUCAUGCAGACCCAUGUGAUGCAGACC